ACACGCAAUUUGGAAUCGUAUGUUCAAUGGUUCAAUCGCCUCAGCUAUUUGACGGCCAGCGAAAUUGUUAAGUAUCCGAAGAAGAAGCAGCGCGUGCGUAUUAUCGAAUACUGGAUUGAGACGGCACGCGAGUGCUUCAACAUUGGCAACUUCAACAGUCUGAUGGCCAUUAUAGCUGGCCUAAAUCUCGCGCCCAUUGGCCGACUUAAAAAGACGUGGUCUAAAGUGCAAUCGGCAAAAUUCUCCGUGCUGGAACAUCAAAUGGAUCCAACAUCGAAUUUCAACAGUUAUCGCUCGACGCUUAAAGCUGCAAUGUGGCGCUCCGAGGGCGCCACAGAGGAACGCGAACGCAUAAUCAUUCCAUUUUUUAGUUUAUUUGUUAAGGAUUUAUACUUUUUGAACGAAGGCUGCUCGAAUCGUUUGCCAAACAAUCAUAUCAACUUUGAGAAAUGCUCACAACUCGCCAAACAAGUGAUGGAGUUCAAUGAGUGGAAGAAAGUCAUUUGUCCAUUUGAGAAAUUGCCGAAUGUAAUUGCCUACCUGCAGCAUAAUGCGGUGCUCAAUGAGAAUACGCUCGCGAUUGCAUCGUUUGAGUGUGAGCCGCCCGAGAAUACUGAGGAGAAGGAUCGCUACAAAACUGUGAAAGCCGAAACGAAGCAGCAAUUGAUGCAACAAUUGCAGGAACAACAACAACAACAACAACAGCAACAACAACACCAACAUCAGCAAUAGUUGAAUCUUAGCUAUUUAGACUUUACACAGACUUAAUUUAAGUUACGCUUAAGCGCUUGCCAUGUUUUACUUUUUUUUGUAAACUUACUUUUUUACAUAAGUCGAUUAUAAAUUUUAAGACGAGAAAGUUGAGAAUUGUUUAGGCUAAGCUCAGCAAUUAGUUCAGACAAGACGCAUGCGCCGCUGCCCCUUUUUAAGCUGGACAAUGACUUUUAAAGUCAGUUGCCUUAACACUAAACAAUCUAAACAUCCCCAAAUCUAUAUUCUGCAAUUAACUGACUUUGGAAACGACCUAACUUAAAUAUUCUUCUCACCCAAACUGAUUUCAUUUCUAUUUUCCAACUCAAAGUGGCGCAUGUGCCAUAAAAAAAAAAAAAAAAAAAAAAGAACGAAAUAUAUUUUAUGAAACGCGAAGCAUCUCCAGAAUGUUGCCAGUAAUUAAUUAUUAAUUAAUUGAACUAAGCAAACAUUAAAAAUUAAGCAGAUAAAGCGAAGCGAAACGAAAUGAAUGUAUGUACUUAAAGCAUUUAAUUGCCGCAACUUAUUUAUAUUCUMUAUUUAAUUUCAAUUCAUGUAAUAUUGGAAGGGAAAACAAAUCAUAUUUAUGUCGUAUUAUAUAUAUAUAUAUACUAUGUCGAUAAUUUAUUUUGACCACAUAUGACAAACUUGCGUGUAUGCGUGUUAUUUUGUAAGUGAACAGUAUUUAUAUUUAUAUAUUUACACAAUUUUAUAGCUAAAUUAAAUCAGUUUUAAAUAUUCGAUUCAUUCGACGACGCUUUUGUCUUUGAAGCUUCAACAUUUAUGAACAAUUAUUAGCCAUGCAGCAUAAUUAACACAAAACAAACAAACAAACAAAUGUUUUCUAUCUACGUAUAAGAGAAACAGCAACAACAAAAACAAAAAGUACACCUUGUGGUAGCUACAAUGAUGCUUAUCCUUUUUAAGAUUUAAUUUUUAUUCAAGGAAACUACAAAUACAAUAUAUAAGUAUACAAACUUAUAUGAUUCAAAAGAAAACAAAAAUACAAAAACAAUUAUAUAUAGUAUGGUAUGUGUAUGGAUAUCUCUACGAUAUUAACUAUAAAGGGACUAAAUCGACAAAACAAAAUCCAACAUAUUCGAUAAAA